AUGACGAUUGCUGAUGAUGCACAGUUGUAUCAAACGUUAGCAGAUCGUUCAAAAAACGCUGAUGAGCGCCUUCUGCUUCGAGAAUAUAUUCCAAAGGCACUGGAUAAGCUCAUGGAAAUAUCGUUAAAUGAAUGCAUUCAUAAGCAGUGUCUGAGAUUUUUAGCAAAUUCUUGUAGCGAAGAAGAUGACAAUCGUGCUACCUUCUUUGAUAAUAAAGGUCUCGAUAUGAUGAAGAUAUAUUGUGCUAAAGCAGAUGAUAAUUCUGCUCUUGCUUUUGCUGUAAUCCAUAACUGUAUUUUAGACUCAAAAAAAUAUCAAGCAAGGGUUGCUGAAACUGAAAUCUUGCAUCUUGCAAUUACAUAUUGGAUUGAUUGGCAGCACAAGUUACGUGCUCCGUUCAUUAAUAUGCUUUCUGUCAUUUGUGAGCUAUUGUAUCCGUUUUCUAAAGAUGCGACUUUGGUCUUCGCUGGAUUGCAUGUUCUGCCUUCUAUGACCCGAUUAGAAAUUGAUUCGUAUUCUAUUUUUACGAAAGCAUUUGACAAUCCAAAUAUCUGUAUAUCCUUUGCAAACGAUCCUGAUCUCUUAAUCGAAUCCAUUGAACUGGUAUUGAUGCAACGUGAUUUUUCUCAAAGAAUUCCCAUUUUAAACCUUUUCCCGCGUAUCGCUGAACACAAUGAAGUCUUCUCUACCAGCCUUCAUCAGAAUAGCACGUUUCUUGAUUAUCUCAAAAAGUUUUUACUUUCAGACGAUUCCGCUCGCACAACGAUGGCAGCGCUUUUCAUUGGAAAUCUCACCAGAAACGACCAUAUCUCAAAGGCUCUUUUCCGUGAGAACUUUCCGGAAAUCCUUGUUGCUUGCGUCCUCAAAGAAAAGAGGAUUGAUGAUAAUGUUGGUAAGAUCUAUGCUUGUUCAGCUGCUUUGAGACAUUUUAUGAUACCUCUGUCCUCUCGGAACCAUUUCGCUGCCAGAUCUUUGCUUCUUCAGGAUAAGAUGUUGCGUAGCAGUUUUUCACAGUUGCAUUACCUUUCUGUAAGUAUGAUUCGUCUUUCGAUGCCUUACAUUCUUUAUAAAUUAAUAAAGGAGCCUGAACGCUUUGAUAAAUUACGCGAAUGCUCCAAAAGUCCAGAUGCAAACCUUGCCCUUGAAAGUAACAGAGCUAUCUUGGCUUUUAUGAAGCAUGCUUUAAUCAUGCCCAAUUUAUCCCAAAACAUUCGUCAAUUUUUGGAAAAGAACAUUGCUAUUUUCCAUGACAGCGUUCUGGCAACCAUAACUAUGGUUAAUAAUUAUCCCAUUGUUACCGGAGAAGCUGUUUUUGUUGCAAUUUUAAUGAUCAAGCACGGAUUUGCUGGCUUGUCCGAAACAAUCCGUUUGUCUUCGGCUUAUGAGAUUUUAAAGUCAUACUCUAACGACCCUAAGUUUGCUAAUGAAUUAAAGCAAAAUAUUCUGGCUUUACUCGUCUUGGUGGAUAAGGAUGGUAAAGCGCUCGAGUAA